GAUAAUUUAAACGAGUUGUAAAAAUAGCAUUAUGUUUACUAAAAAAUGAUACUUAACGAGGCAAAAAACAAGUCCCAUCAAUUUUCGUUUGUAAAUGGCUCAAGAUAAAAAAUAAAAAAAUAUAAAAAAAAAAAAUUGGCUAUACCUCUGUAAAUUUGAGCUUACGCCCUCUAAAAUUCCAAAAAUAUAUAUUUAUCCCCAGCUAAAUAUUUGCAAUAAUAAAAUAAAUAAUAAAAAAUAAAUAAAAAAAUCCACAAUCGUCAUAAUUUAUAUUAUCAAACAUUUUCUUAUUUAUCCAAAAACAUGUAAUGACAAUAAAAAAGCAAAGAACUUGUAUAUAAAUAAAAAAAAAAAAGAGCCAAGAGAAAUAAAAUGAAAAAAAUAAUUUAAUUCGAAAUGGAAAGUAUCAGGGCACGGGGACAAGUAAGUCCUUGCACCGACGCAAUCCUCACCAAAUACGGAACGGACUGGAAAAUAUAAACUCACUCUUCACAAAGUUAUCUCAAUUGUCGUUGUUUAUCUCAACAAAAAAAAAAAAUAUUUUAAACUAACUUGUGUUUAUUACUAGAAAAAAAAAAUACAAGUAAUGUUCACACUUCGUGUCAACUUCUUUUGGCAAUGAUAAAAAAAAAUCACACAUGUUUUAACAAGUUGUUUAAUAAAGCAGUUAAGGCACGUGCUCCAAAAAAAAAAAAGAAAAACAAAAAAAGAUUGCUCUUGAUAUUUUCUUCAAAGUAAAUUUAUUUAUUCUGUGUAUUAUUUCUGUCCAUGGAAUUCAAGUACAUCCCUUGUAUUUUUUUUUUUUUUUUUAUAUAAAUGAUGAUGACCUUGCUAGAUGUCUUGAAGGGUCAACCUCAUUUUUUUUUUUCAAGGGCGAAAACUUACUGUCUCGCCUGUGAUCUCUUUUACAUUUUUUUUUUUUGCAUGGAAAAACGCGAUCCGCAUUUUAAUUUACAAACGAGCAAAUCGCACAAAGACAACUCAAGAAUAAGAGAAAACUUUAAGGACGAUAGUAAAGGACACUUUGGUCCUGUGAUUUUUUUUUUUUUACUCCUCGUUAACGUUGGAUGGACGUACGACGUACGGCGCCUCAUAAAUUUUUGUCAACAUUUUUUUUUUUUUAUUAUUUUUUAUAUUUGUUAUUUUACCUGGUGUAGUCAACAAGUGCUGGUGUUGUUUGUUCAUUAUUAUUUUUUUUUUUCAUUUAUUUAUUCAUUCAUUUUAUUUUUUUUUUUUUUAAAUAGAAUUUAUCGUUUGAAGCAUGAUGCUUCCACUCCUUUGUACAAUACACUCUUAUGUUAUAUUAUUUUUGAUAUUUAUACUCAACAAUUUUAUAGUUUGAAUUAUGCUGAUGGUUUUAUUAUUUUUUUUUUUUAUCUUAUUUUUGUCUUUGGCAAUGAGAAAAUACACAGGUGUUUGUAUUUGUUUUUUUUUUUAUUAUUUUUUACACGAGUUGUUUUAGUUUGUAACGUGAAUUUAGGGCCCCCCUGUCAUCAUAAAAAAAGUACCUCAUUAAAAUACAAAAAAAAUAAGACAAUUUUAUAAAAAAAAAUUUUUAAUUUUUAUCUUAUUAUUUCUUGUUAAUCUUUGUUUAUGAAAAUAAUAAAAAUUAUUUUUUUAAAAUCAUCAUUAUUCAUUUUGAUUUUCAUCUUUGAAAAAAAAAUAUAAAUUUUUUUUCUGCUCGGUUUACAGGUUGAUGUUGAAUGCAAAUUAAAAAAAAAAAUUAUUCACACGAUAAUUUAUUAUGAAUAUAUAGAAAAAUAUUUUUAAAAGAAAAAAGGUGCAAUAUGUUUUAACUGACGUAAUUUGAGGUGAUAAAAUAAAUAAGCAAAAAAAAAGUAUAAAUAAUGAUGUCCGAUGUCCAGCAUGAUGUUGGAAAAAAAAUUGAUAAUGAUGAUAAUAUCAUUGACACAUCGGCAAAUUUUGGUGAAUCAAUUGUCCCUUGUUCACCUGGGCUGAAGCCCGCUGAACGAAGUGUUUCCUUCAAUCGAGAUGUCCACGUCAAGCGAAUUGGAAGAGGAAUACCGAAGAUAACGACAGCAUUGGCUGGAAAUGGAGAUGGUAAACUUGUUGUAACACCAGUACACAAAGAGAGUAUAUCAUCACGAAGCAAAGAACAACUUGCACAAGAAGCUGAAUUGGUACUACAACAAGCUGGUAGUUUAAAUUGCAUUGCACGUGAUAAUCGUCGUAUUGUAUUACCAGGUAAAUAUAACACAUUACCAUCACGUCCAAUACGUAAAAAACGUAAUGAACAUACAACUGAUGAAAGACAAAAUAUUAUUGAUGAUACAAAUGGUGAACAAUCACCAAUAACAAAACGUAAAAAAAAAAAAAUUGACAGAAGUUUAAGCGAUGCUGGUAAUCAUAAACAAAAAAGCCCAUUGGCAAAAUUGUUUUCACCAAAAUUAGAACGUAAAAAUGCAACAGUUAAAAGAAGUGUAAGUGAUAUUGGUACAGUAGAUAAAACAAUAGAAAAACCAAGACGUAAAAGAAGUGGUAGUGUUGAUGAAAAUACAAAUACAAUAUCAUCAAAUAUUAAAAAACAAUUAUCACCAAUAAUUGAAGCAUCACCACAAACUGAUAGGCCAUUUGAUUUUAAGCCAAAAUUAAAAAAAAAUAAAGAAAUAAUAAUUCCAAUUAAUACUGAUGACAAAGACCAACAACAACAAGUAAAUAAAUCAACUGACGAAGUUGAUAAAUCAUCGAGUAAUAAAGAUAAUAAUAUUGAGACAACAAUUGAUAAAAUGAUUCAUCACUUAUCAAAUGAUCGUUCAUUACCACCACAGUUAACAAGAACAAUGGUAUCACCAAGUUCUGGCUUUGGGCAUAAUAAUAAUCGUCCGUUUUCUUAUACACGUCCACAAAAUAAUGACGAUAGUGUUAAACAAUCAAAUGGCGUACAUAAAAAUAUAACAAUAAUUGAUAAAAAAACAUCACAAAGAAGUCACUCAGACAGUGAUGAGGGUCUUGGUCUUGAUAGAAAAGAUUCAUCACGUGAAAAUAGUCCAGAAGAUAAAGAUUAUCAUGGAAUUUCUUAUAAUAAAUUUUACAAUAAUACACAUAUCAACAAUGAAAUAAAUAAUUUCGAUAAACGUUAUGAUAAUAAACCAGACAGAUAUACAUCAAAAAUAUUUGUCAAAGAAGAAACAAAUCAUAAUAAAAAUGGCCUAACAUCAAAAACAAGUGAACUAAGUGCAAGACGUGAUUUACUUGAAUCAAGAAUGAAAUCAAGAUUCAUGAAUGAUGAUUUAAUUAAUGUUAAAAAAAAUUUAUUUAAAAAAACAGAUGAAAUUAUUGACAAGCCAAUUGUUCCAUCACCAGUUAUACCCAAUAAAAUUUUAAUACCAAAUCAUUAUUCUGACACGUACAUCACAGAGACACGCACAAAAAGUAACGGAGAAAAAUAUAUUUACGAAAAAGAAAUUCAUGAUAAUAAUGGUAAAAUAUAUGGUUUCGAAAAAAAAAUAAAUAAAUUACAAAAAAAUAAAAAUUUCAAUGAUAUUAUACAUGACAAUGGUUAUAUUGUUGAAAAAAAAAUUGAUAAAAAUGGUGAUAAAUAUAUAAUUGAAACUAAAAAACAUGAUGAUACCAAUAAUAAUCAUGAUGAUUAUUUAGAAAAUGAAUUUAAGCCAUUUAUAAGUGAUAAAAGUCGUUCAUUAAAUGGAAAUAAUGAAAAUAUAAUGAAAAAAAAUUAUAUUAAAAGUCCAGUGACAGUUAAUGGUUUCAUUGAAAAACGUGAAUUUUCAAAAAGUGAAGAUUACUUGGAUCGUGAGCCAAAAAAUAAGCCAAGUAGACGUGAUUUUUAUGUGUCAAAAAUUAAAAAAAAUUUAGAAACAGUUAAGGGUAUUAGUAAAUCAAGUCAAAGGUUGGAUGAGUUGGAUAAUCAUAAAAAUAGAUCUGAUUUACGAUCAAUUUACAUAACAAGAUCACAUGAAAAUUUACGUCUAGAUGAUGAUGCCGCUGGUGAUUAUGUUAACACACGUAAUUUUAAUGUAACAUAUAAUAACAAUAAUAAACACAAUGAUGAUUAUGAUACAGAUAUAUCACAGCUGACAAAUAGUCAUCUUGGAACAAAUGGUUAUUAUGGAAAAGAAAAUCGUAGAAAUCAAAUACGUCGUUAUAAUGAUUCUGAGCGUGAUUACAAUUCAAGUCGUUAUGAUUCAGAUGCAACUGGUGGUCAUGAGUCAAUAAAUAGAAGACACGAGGUACGUUAUCGUGCUGAGGAAACAUCAAAAAGUAUUCGUAAAGAUUACAGAAAAAUAACUGAUGAUAAAAGAAUUGGCCAACGUGGAUCAAAGAAUAGAAUUGAUUAUAUUGAUGAUUCUGAAUCAACACGUGAUAGUUCACGUUGUGGUAGUAAAACGAGAAUAAUUAAAACACGUCUUGAAACAUUUGAUGAAAGUCCAGAAAUGAAAAAAAAAAUAUAUCAUUCUGAUAAUAUUAAUAGCAAAGGUGAUAAUGAUAGAAAAGAUAGACUUGCUGAUUCAGGUAUUGAAAAUGAUUAUCGUCGUGAUUCACAAGAAAAUGAUAGACGUAAUUGUGAAAUUUUAGAAUCAGAAGAUGAAGGCUUUGUUACAUCGCAAUUUUUAAAAAAUGAAAGACGACAUACUGAUAAAAAUAUGAAUUUAAUACCCAUUGAUAAUCGACGUUAUGAAAAAUAUCAAAAAAAUAGCAAUAAUAAUAAAAUAACAACAAAACCACCAUCUGGAAUAAAUGAUAAAAAAUAUGAAAAAAAAACAAGUAAUAAAAAAAUUUCAACAAUGAGUAAAGUACGUCAAUUAUUUGGUAAAAAAGAAAAAAAAUUAAAAGAUGAAAAAUAUAAAAAAAAUAAAAUUCGUGAUCAUGAUGGUAGUAGUAGUGGUGGUGGUGGUGGCGGUGGUGGUGGUGCUUUAACUGAUGAUGAAGUUACAAUGAGAUACAGAGAAUAUCGUGGUGAUCGUCUUCGAAGUGCCAAGAGUGCUCAUGAUCUAGACUGCGACAUUGACGAGGAAUACAGAGAAAGAAGAAGAUUAUCAACACCAAGUGACAGUCCAACACCAAGAAGACCAGCAAGAUUGUCAAGAUCAACUGGUACACUGACACAUGAUGAUGCCUAUUUAGAUUCAAGCAACACAUUAACCAGAGCCAAUCAAAACAACCAAGAAAGCAAAGGAUGGUUUAAAUCAUUAAGAAAAAAUAAAACAAAUACCAAGAAUGUUGAUAAAAAAUCAAGAAUACCAGAGAGUGAAAUAAUGAUGACAGGAACUGAGGAUGAAGAGGUGUUGUCUACACCUGAACGUAUAUCGAAUAAUAAAAAUAUUCGUUUUUGCGGUGAUACUGAUCAAGAGUCAUUAUCAUCUCAUCGUGAUCAUCACAGAAAUAAAAGGGAUGAUGAACGAGUAACAUCAAGACGUGAUACAACAUCAGUUAAUUCAAAUCGUCAUUCAAUUCUUGCUGGUAAUAGAAAAACAACGAGACAUGCUGAAAGUGCAUUGUCAUCUGGAGAAAGUACUACUGGUGAUAGUAGUCAACAGAGUCAAAAUUCACAACGUUCACAACGUUCAGUUGUUUUUCUUCAUGCAGCAACUGUCGGCGAAAUUCCAGGACCGAAUGAACGUCGACGUGCAGCAAGUCGUGAAGAACUUAAUCGUCCAUUACAAUCACAUACGAGAACAGUAUCUAGAAGUUUAAGUGUACUUGCACCAUGGAAACCACGACAUUACAGAGAACCAUUUGAGAUUAAUUAUGAUCAACAAUAUCAGAAACCAACAACGACCCUGAGGCGUAGACAGCGUAGCCGAGAUGAGGCUACACUUGCUCGACGUGGCAAGGAUCAGUCACGCCGUACCAAGGACAAUUUAUCAAAAACUGGAACAAUUAAUCGGAGCACAUUAAAAACAAAAGAUAAACAAAAAGUCGACAGAACAAUAUCAAAUGAUUCAUUACAAAAUUCAAGAUCAUCUAAAAAUGGUACAUCAAGAGUCGAGCUAAAUAGAUCAACUUCAGUUCCACGUGAUCCAAUUAAAAGCGCUGGAUGGUUCAGAAUUAAAACUAAAAAGUCACGCGCCUGAUGAGAAUUGGCCAUUAAUAAAAUGCUAGUCUCCGAGUUUAAUUAAAUAUGUAUAAGUAAAAGUGGCCCAAAAAAUUUGCUCAUCUUUUUUACAUGUAGAUAGAAAAAAAGAUGACUAUUUUGGGUUGGACACUUAGUUACUAAUUCGUUGAUUUAAUUGAUUAUUUUUUAACAAUUUAAUUUAAUCACGAUGUAGAUUAUAAAUAUAUGUUUAAAUUGAAACGUGAUGAUACUGAUUAUUUGGAAACAAAAAAACAACAAACUUGAUAAUUAAUUGACAAGAAAAAAUUACUAAUUUUAUUUUCGAAAAAAAAUAUUUUAAAUAAUAUGUCUUCUCUCUACCAAAUUUAUUUGAUGUAAAUUUUAUGACGCGUGAGACGAGAAUGCACAGAUUAAUAAUUCACCACCAGGCAAUAUUUAAAACAAUGAAAAAAAAAUUAAAACAAAAAAAAAAAAAUGCCUGGAUAUUCCGUGAAUCAGAGUGCCAUUACCGUUUCUAAUCUGUCACAAUAAAUAAU